CAGCUCGGCUAUAAAUAUGCCGGUCUCUAGCUGAAAAAUCUUCAUACGGGGCCCGGUUGGUUUCGUGCUCUCUCGUGGAUAUUUUGCUCUACUCGGAAGGUUCUUCUAUAAGGAAAUCAAGAAAGAUAAUUGCAGAUUGAAAGUGGAAAAAAUGGCAUUAGUGUCCGGAGGAAGGUCAACUCUAAACCCAAAUGCGCCUUUGUACAUCCCUGCUUGCAUGCGCCAAGUGGAGGACUUCUCCCAAGAGUGGUGGAACUUGGUGACUACCUCCACUUGGUUCCGUGACUAUUGGCUCAGUCAGAACCAUGUUGAGGAUUUCUUUGGCAGUGAAGAUGAUGGGUAUGAUUAUGAAGAUACUGAUGUUGUUGAUCUGCUGCCGGAUAAUAUUGAUCUUGGCAUGGAUGAGGACGACUUGACCAUGGAAGCUCAGUUUGAGGAGUUCCUCCGCUCAUCUGAAACUGGACAGGGUUACAUGUCAGUGUUCUCUGCUGAUAAAGGAAUGCCUGCAAAUGGUUUUUCAAGUGACUCUGGGGCACUGAUAAAGAAUUUCAAGUUGUCAAUGGAGAAAGGGAGCAGGUCUCCUGCAGAACAAGCUAAGUUCCUGGAGAAGCCUGCAAAGUUCAUUAGCCCAAAAUGCAGCCCUCGCCGGAUCCAGCAGCCCCGCUGAAAUGCUAGAUUUGUUAGAUGCUAGUUGGCCGUUAGUCGGCCAAGAGCCCUUCUGCUUUAUGUAACUUUCUGUAUAGAGCAAGGUUGCAUUUCCUGUAUCUUUGCCUUGUUCAUAUUCUGACAUCAUUUCCUUAGUGUAACCAUAAACAAGCUUCCAGAAAAUGUAAAAAAGAGGUUUCCAUCUUCAAACAGGAAAAGUAAAAAAAAAAAGAAGAGUUAUUUUAGUUGAA